AGACGUGGACCUGAGGUUGAAAGAAUUUAUUUUGUGAUUCUAGAGAUGGCACCUGUGACAUACAUAGAUUCUAGUGCUGUUCAGGCUUUGAAAGACUUGUAUCAGGAGUACAAAUUACGGGACAUUCAGAUUGCAAUAUCCAAUCCAAGUCCAGAAGUUCUGCUUACCUUGUCUAGAUCGGGUCUGGUGGAGUUGAUAGGCAAAGAAUGGUACUUUGUGAGAGUACAUGAUGUUGUUCAAGUUUGCUUGCAACAUGUUCAAAGCUUGAAAGGAGCAUCUAACAGUCCACAAGCACCAUUCUCUUCAGUAGAGAACAAACCAAGUUUGUUUGCACGAUUAUCAAAAGAGAGACUGGAGAAGCUUUCAAUUACCGACUUGGAGUCUGGUAAUGGCAGGCCUCCACUCCCCGAGGAGAGAGAUUCCAAAUUGGAGCCAUUGUUGUCUAAAGAUCAUUGAAGUCUACUUUGUAUCAUAAGGUAAAAAGUGUAUUUAGCCAUUCUUUUAGAAAAAAUAAAAUGAAUAGGU